CAGAGAGAAGAGAUUCCAUCUUCCAGAGACAUGAAGCCAUUAUUAUCUCAGGAACUAAAAUGGCCAAACAAAUCCAGAAAGAAAUCCACCGAGGUGUGGAAUCCUGGAUUUCCCUUGGAAACAGAAGACCUCACCUUAGUAUUGUUCUAGUGGGAGAUAACCCAGCAAGCCAGACAUAUGUAAGGAAUAAGAUCAGAGCUGCAUCUGCUGUUGGUAUCUGCAGUGAGAUCAUUCUAAAACCUAAGGAUGUUUCUCAGGAAGAACUUUUGGAUGUCAUAGAUCAACUGAACAUGGAUCCACGAGUCAGCGGCAUUUUAGUUCAGUUACCACUGCCAGAUCAUGUUGAUGAGAGAACAGUAUGUAAUGGAAUUGCUCCUGAGAAAGACGUAGAUGGAUUUCAUAUUAUUAAUAUUGGAAGACUGUGCCUUGACCAGCAUUCUCUCAUUCCUGCCACUGCCAGUGCUGUUUGGGAAAUAAUACAAAGAACAGGAAUUGAAACAUUUGGGAAAAAUGUGGUUGUAGUUGGAAGAUCCAAGAAUGUGGGGAUGCCCAUUGCAAUGCUUCUACACACUGAUGGAGAACACGAACGACCAGGAGGUGAUGCAACAGUGACAAUAGCUCACAGGUAUACCCCCAAAGAACAGUUGAAGAUCCAUACUCUACUGGCAGAUGUCAUUGUAGUGGCUGUAGGUAUUCCCAAGUUGAUUACAUCUGAUAUGGUUAAAGAAGGUGCUGCUGUGAUUGAUGUGGGGAUCAACUAUGUCCAAGAUCCAAUGACAGGAAGGACAAGAUUAACAGGAGAUGUGGACUUUGAAGCGGUGAAGAAGAAGGCAAGAUUCAUCACUCCUGUUCCAGGAGGUGUGGGACCCAUGACAGUGGUGAUGCUACUGAAGAACACUCUUCUGGCGGCUAAAAAGAUCGUUUACUAG